GCUGAAGUCACCACGUUAAUACACCUGUACGUACACCUAUACCUAGCCUUCGGUCAUGUGUCACCUAAUACGGGAAAAUGUCACUCACGGCCGAAAUCUUACCUUCAUAAAAUAGAAAGCUUUCAGGUGGACAAGACGGUAUGGAGUAUUCAGUCAAAAGAUUGUGAUUAAUUUGACAAUACCUGCACAGAUGUGUAUAUAUUUUGGAUUAUUCUGACCCCAAUCUGACAGCGCUCUACGUACGUAUAUGCAAACAGGUAUAUGUGUAUACGUCAUCACGACACACCUAUUCGAAAGGACCAAGGCGUGCUAAUAAAACGAACUAACAACAACAAAAACGUGCUACGAUUUCUGAUGGAUCGUUACACUAAUAUAGAGAAUCUAUCUAUAACAAGGAAAACUUACCUGUGGUGACGGAAUGUGGGUUUUUAUGUAGAUAACGUACGUCAUCAAUGUAAGUAAACAACCAAUGGAAAUUAACAUCCCGAUGUCAUCAAGAUAACAUGCGCAGUAUUACAUAAGCUACCUAACUAUAAUAGGUUCAAUAUGAUAUAUAAAAUACAUUUAUACAUUUGCUGCGGUAGAUUUUAGUUAUAUACAUUCAGAAAAAUUGAUAUAAAAUCAUACACAAAGAAAACAGACAAGUCCUUUGAUCUUGUAUCGGUUUCAAAAAGCCUUUCUGUGUAAAAAAAAUGUGUACAACCUGAGCACGUGGGUGAUUGAAGUGAUUCAUACCUAGAUUGGAGGAAAUAGUUAAGAAGUUUUACACCGGAUACAGACUGUGUAAAUCAAGUAUCAGCUUACCCUGGGAUUUUACUUGUGUCUAACACAGGACAAACUAGACUGUAUUAACAAAACCUAAUACAGUGUAGGUUAUUUUAUAUUCUGGAUUCUUUUUUCGUCAUCAAUUAUACGUCUUCACACAGAUCAACACUUUUAUACCUUGAGUAAAGACGGAGCAGCAUAUCUGUUGAUGAAUAUGGAAAUAUUUUAAAUGUGAAUUUACUCAUCAGAUUUACCUGCUGUACAUUUGAUUACGGAUAAAAUUCACCAGACAAAUAAUUAAAUACAGAGUGCUUUUCUUACAGACACACAUCUGAAUACAAUAUACCGAGGACGAAAAUGGGCUGUUGUGAAUCAAAGAACGCGAGAUACAACAUCGGUGAUGACGAUAAAAACAGUGACAUAGCUAUCACUGAUAUAGUGGCUUACGGCAAAGAGCUGGAAACCCAGGAGAAGAAGAACAAGGGCCUCUCUGAUGAUAUCAACGGAAAUGUAACUGUUAAUAUGGAACAAACGCAGGACAACGUCAAAAUAGACGAAUCGGAGUUCAGUGAUGUUGAUUUAAAUGAUCAUCAGGACACAGACAAUUUUGAGACAGCAAAACUAGAAAUAAGUGAUUUAAAGUCGACUGAAUCAAGAACCAAUGAUGACACUGUCGAUGAUACAGAGAAGGCAGUGGUAUCUCUCCCCCCUCCCAGACCUCCACAGAAACUCAGGAAGGAUCUCAUACCAGAUGUAAACGUAUUCGCUAGGAUAGACAAGGAUGCCGAUACGGUACCUCACAUGGAGCACGAAACAGUAGAAGCCCUCGCUAAACAUCUCACGGAUGAUUGAACAAAGACGAUUCGGACACAAUGGACAAUCCUGACUUACAUAUGGUGAACACUAGAUAUGGUGAACACUAGAUGUGGUGAACACUACAUAUGGUGAACACUACAUAUGGUGAACACUACAUAUGGUGAACACAACAUAUGAUGAACACUAGAUAAGGUGAACACUACAUAUGGUGAACACUAGAUAUGGUGAACACUAGAAAAGGUGAACACUAUAUAUGUCUAGACAUGAUGGACAUUAUAUAUGGCGAGCAUUAGAUAUGGUGAACAUUAGAUAUGAUGAACAUUAGAUAUGAUGAACACUAUAUAUGGAGAACACUACAUAUGGUGAACAUAAAAUAUGGUGAACACUAGAUAUGGUGAACACUAGAAAAGGUGAACACUAUAUAUGUCUAGACAUGAUGGACAUUAUAUAUGGUAAACAUUACAUAUGAAUAUGUAUUAAAUUAUGUGAUAGACUAUCAAAAUAUUUAUAUCGUAUACGCAAUAUACACAUUUAUAUGUCACAGUUAAAACUUCACUCAUGCUUAGGUGAGUAACAUAUGAUACAUACGUUGUCUUUUUAGUAAAUACAUUGCGAAGUUCAUGGAUACAUUGAUAAGUUUCAAGAUUAUUGAUUUUAAAUUUUAUAUACUAUAUAGAAAAUGAAUAUUCCUGGAUUUAAAAAAAAACGGUUUGUGAUGAAAAAUACUCAUAUUUUAGCAAUUACUUCCAAGGAAAAACUCAUUUCACUCAAAUUUCGGAAUGUGAUCCUCGCUUGAAUACGCUAAUAUCUAUUUUCACAUAUGGGAAAGCUAUGCAAGUUAAAGCAGCAUAACGACUUCGUGAUACUAACUACUGCAGUUGAGAUAAGAAUUUACUUUAUAUUGUCGAACUCUCUUAAUGUUUUUGAUACUAGACAUUAUAUGUGUAUUUUUAUUUAAGUAUUUUUUUAUUAUCAUUGACACUUUUGUGUUCAUACUUUUGCCAAUUAUUUUAAACUUAUAUGAUUGAGGUAAAAUUUAUAUAUGUAGCAAUAUACAGUGCAAGGCGAUCAAUACAACCAUUAUACACUUCAUAGUUAUUCAGUUUCUUGAUUGUUCCGGCCGGAACUAAUUCAUUGGCAUUACAUUUCGCGCAACACAGCCUUGUAAAUAUAAAUGACUGUGAACAAGCGAAAACAGCUUGAUAUGCAGAAAGUUAAUCGUACCUCCGCAUGCGAGGUCUAUUUUUAUCAAUAUUUAUGACAGUGUACAACUUAUCUAUUUUCAAAUUUUAUCAGUUAUA